AUGGCUCAAAGGGUCGUUGUCAUGGAUCCAAUCGACAACCUGGGGACCACCCGCCGCGGACGGUCCUGGAAGCAGAUCCUCAAAACCACCACCCUCUUCAUCCUGCAUCAAUGGCUCCUUAUCGGCAUCGGCGUCGUGUGCGUCCUGGCCUACUACUUCCCAAACGUAGCGAAACAUGGCGGCAUCAUCCGGUCCGAGUAUAGCAUCCUCUACGGUGCGAUGGCAGUCAUCUUCCUCAUUUCCGGGCUCAGCAUCCCGCGCCAGAAACUGUUCCAGCAAUUCCUUAACUGGCGACUUCAUGCGCUGGUCCAGGUGACUUCCUUCCUCUUCAUCCCGGCCGUCGUAGUGGCUCUCGUCCAUGCCAUCAUCGCUGGUGAUACUCAAGAGCGCAUCGACAGAGCCGUGCUGGCGGGGUAUAUCUUCACUGCCUGUAUUCCCACCACCAUCGCUUCGAAUGUGGUUAUGACAAGAGCAGCGGGCGGGGAUGAUGCCGCUGCGUUGGUGGAAGUAUUGAUUGCAAAUGUGUUGGGUCCUUUCAUCACGGCUGCGUGGACCGUUACGCUGCUACCGCAUACUGCGGAGUUUGAUGCCUGGAGGACUCAGGGCGGCAGUAAUCUCCAGCGGAUGUAUAAGGAUGUAUUCAAGCAAUUGGGUCUCAGUGUUCUCUUGCCCUUGGUCGUGGGUCAGUUCAUUCGGUGGACCUGGUCUGAGAAGACGGCGUGGGUGUUGCAGCGGUUUCGUCUAGCCAAGUUGUCCACAGCCUGUCUUCUUCUGUUGAUCUGGUCCACGUUUUCCUCCUGCUUCGCCACCAACGCCCUGCAGUCUCUUUCAGCGCAGAGCAUCGCAUUCAUCGUCCUCUUCAAUGUCGCCCUGUAUCUCUUCCUCACGGCCGUGUGUUUCUACAUCUCAUGUCCUCCCAAAUUUCUGUCGUCUUGCCCUCAUCCCUGGGCUAAGCGUGUGUUCGAACGCAUUUCACCAGGGGAGACGAUAGCAGUGUGUUUCUGUGGACCUGCGAAGAGCACCGCGCUAGGCAUCCCGUUGCUGUAUGCGAUGUGGAUGCCUGUUGAUCUGUUCAUCAAGGCCAAAACUUCAGUGCCUGUGCUUCUGUAUACAACGGAGCAGGUGUGUGUGGCGCAUUUCUUCGUCUAUGUCUUUCGGAGGUGGCUCGCGAAAAUAGAAGGGAGCCGUGACCUUGAAAGUGCAGAGCGAGCAGGGCAGAUUGGAAUCACUGAAAAUACACAAGAAAGCAUCAUGGUAGAGCGUAAAGGGCAGAGCUAA